UAUAAAAAAUGAUUAAUUUGUCUUAAUUAUCGUGCGAUUUUGGGGUUUCAGUUAGGCAAUUAUUCAUUAUAGCCGUGUUGCAAUGUGGCAAUGUGGCAAUGUGCAACGACAAUUAAAGGCUUUUAAUUUCAUGUCAUUAACGGUAAACUGUCCAUUCUAUAAGUCAUUUGCGUUGUGCAAGGCAUGAAGGCUCGAAGAAUGUAAUGCGAUAUUCAUUUGUAAACGAUAUGUGGUGGAUGAAAGUGUUCAUUCUGGCUUACUUGAUGCCAUACGGCUGCGGGCACGGUGCCGAAGGGAACAGCAUACUAGCUCCCACUCUGCAGAGCUUGAAUAUGACCAGCGCGAUUGUGCAUUAUUAUCAACAGUUUUUCAAUAAACACACGAAGAGCACCACCGUAGCAGUGCGUGCGAAUGAUAGAAAAAGUUGGACUUACUUCAACGACCUACUGACUUCGGUGCUGAUAAGAGCCCAUGAUUUGAAGGUGGGAAUUGAUGCGGAGAGCGGUAAGCGGCAGCCGAUUAGCUUCGGCUUUUAUAACAUACUCCUAAUCGACUCAUUCGGAGCCUUAGCAGAUUUGGAUCCCGGCUUUCAUGCACAACGAAAUGAUUUCAGCGAGUACUAUUUGAUUGCGAUGCCACCUACAACUAAUAGCUCACUUUUAAACGCAGAACUCAAACGAAUUUUCGAGUAUUGCUGGCGACACUACAUUGUGAAUGUCGAUGUGCUUGUAGAUUUGAGCGACAACGGAAUCGGGCUCUACACCUAUUAUCCGUUCAGCCAACACAAGUGCAAGAGCACUGAGCCGGCGCGGUUAAGUCAAGGUAAAAGUAUCACUGAGCUGAGCCGCUCAGAAAUAUUCCCUGACAAAGUGCGAAGCUUUUAUGGGUGCACCUUAACAGGUGUAUUGUGGCAAGUACCUCCUUACGUCAUACUGCCAGAUCAGAGUCAGAAUGUAACGCGAUUUGGUGGUAUUGAGGGCUAUUUGUUGAAUCUUUUGGUUGAUAAGUUAAAUUUCUCUCUGGAUUACAAUGAGCCGCCACAUAAUGAGCAACGAGGAUUGGUGAUGGCCAACGGAACACUGACGGGAGCUAUUAAAAUUUUGGCGGAAAAAUCUGGAGAUCUCAGUACGGGCUGCUUUCGGCGCACACUGGAGCGGUCCACGGUGCUCACCUCUUCGAUUAGCUUUUAUCAAAAUAAACAAGUACUGAUAGUGCUGACGAGGCAUGAGCCUUGGUCUACUUAUGAAAUUCUAACCUAUCCUUUCAAUAUCUACGUCUGGAGUUCCUUAUUGAUCUUCUAUUUGCUGCCGAUAUUCCUGGCCUGCUUACUACAGCGCUUAAGCGUACGCGCUUUGAAAUUUAUCUAUGGUGUUGUCGACACCAGGGACAUGAUCUUUAGCUGGACUGGUGUGCUCGUAGCACACAUAACACACAAAACAACACUGCCAGUGGCAAAUUUUGCACGUUACAUAUUCGUGAUGUGGCUUUUACUCACAUUAAUUUUACGCUCCUCCUAUCAAGCACUGCUCUAUGAGUUCUUUAAUACCCAGAAGGUUAUAGCUGCACCAUCGUCACUGGAUGAUUUAAUUAAAAAUGGUUAUAAGUUGAUAGCAAACCGGGCAACGGCCGAUGCUGUGUCCCAGAUUAAGGUGGUGCGUGAUGGUCAGAUCGAGUUAAUGGCGCUGGACGUAAGUGACACGGGAGUUUUUGAUGUGCUCGAGGAGAACCCGCACGAGUACUAUGUAGCAUCCGCACCGAGCGACUUCCUCAAAUAUUAUAUGAUUACCGAACGUAAGCCCGGCAGGUUUCAUGUUUUGAGGGACGAAUUAUUUGUACAUCACAUCUCUAUGUUCUUUUCGAAGCAUUCAUUUCUGCAACAGCCCGUGAACAGCAUACUGAUGAGUUUGCGUAGUGGCGGUAUUAUCGAAUUCUGGUCCGAGUUGCAUAUUGGCAGUAUACCAAGAGUUAAGGAUGAAGGGCAUAUCCAGAAGCGACCCCUGACAAUGUCGCAGCUCAAAGGGAUAUUCGAAGUACAGUAUUGCUUGUACGGACUUGCUUUUUUGGUGUUUCUCGUUGAGUGCGUGCGUGGGCGAAACAUUUUGCUAAAGAAGCGGAUCGGAGGGAGCAAAGCUUUCCUUGAACUUGUGGAAAUCGAAACUUAA